AUGUGUGAAGACUACGAUAAGGUUCUGGAAAAUAAAAUAUCUGGCUACUGUAAUUCUUUAAAUAAAAAAUGGACAUCAUCAAAACGCACUUUAAAUGUUUUUAGAAAAUAUAAUGAAAAAUGGUUAAAUUUGAAUUUUAAUAUUGGUCUACCACCACGUGAACUUCAUUGUAACCUGUCAACUUCCGAAAUGUCUUUACCUUCAACAUCGACGGUCAAUGUUGGAAGGCCAAUUAAACCAUUUAUUCAAUGUUCCGAUAAGACUAAAAGACGAAAAAUAAAAUCAAUUUUAAAUGAAAACUCGAAAGAUAAAAUUAUUUUUGCAACCAAAACAAUUUUAUAUUCUGAUGGAAAUCGCGCAGCAGCUGACCUGCUUAAACAAAGUACAGAAUAUUCUCCACAACGUGCCUUAAAAAUCAAACACACUUAUAAUAAUAGAUUAUCUGUAGUUAAACCUUAUACAGCAGAUGAAGCGUUGGCUUUGAUAAUUGACGCUAAAUUAACAAAGUUUAGCUACUCAAUGUUAAGAAAAGGGUCAAAGCAACGUAAGGCUGACAUAUAUCCUUCUUAUAAUAAAAUUAAAGAAUCUAAAAUUAAAUGUUAUCCCGAUAACUAUAAGGUAAAUGAAUAUGGGGCCAGUAUACCUUUACAAAAUUUAGUUAACCACACGGCUAAAAGAUUAUUAGAAUCUCUUAAUAUAAGUGAUCAAAAUUUAAAUGAAUUAAAAAAUUUACAUUUACAUUUUAAAUGGGGAUGUGACGGCAGCUCGGGCCAUUCUGAAUAUCACCAAAAGUUUAUAGAAACCGAGGUUGAAAGUGGAAUAGUUAGUAUGAAUGAAAAAUGUGAUGGCAAUUUAUUUUUAUUUUCUUUAGUUCCUCUACAGCUUGAAGGAUCUAAAAAUAAUAGUGAUUCUAUAAGCGUUUUAUGGAAAAAUCAAAAAUCGUCAUCUACCCGAUACUGUCGGCCAAUUAAGUUUUUAUUUGAAAAAGAAACCGCUUUUAAUACCAAAAGCGAAGUUAGCAAAAUAAAAAAAGAAAUAAACGAAUUAAAACCUUUUGAAGGACCAAAUUCCGUUAAAAUAAAUUUUUUUUUCUAUCUUACUAUGGUUGAUGGAAAAAUAAUUAACACUUUAUGUAAUUCAUCAAGUCAAACCUGCAAUAUUUGUAAAUGUUUUCCUAAAGACAUGAACAACUUAGAGAUAAUAUAUAGCUUGAAAUGCAAUGAUGAUAAUUUACAAUAUGGACUAUCCCCAUUACAUGCAUGGAUAAAAUGUUUAGAAUGCAUGCUACACAUAGCAUAUAAGAAAGGUAUAUUAGAGUCAAACAAAAGGGCAAGUGUCGAACAAAAAAAUGAAAUGGCUAUUCAAAAAAAGAAAAUACAAAAUGGUCUAUGGGUAAAAUUAGGAAUAAAAGUAGAUAAAGUUGUGCAAGGCAAAGGUACAUCUAAUACUGGUAAUAUAGGAAGGCGUUUUUUUGAACAUGCAAAAGAAGUUUCAGAGAUAACUGGGUUAAAUAAAAUACUUAUUGAACGUUUUAAAGUUAUUUUAAGUAUUUUGGCGUGUAGUUAUAAUGUGAACUCUGAAAAAUACGAUAAUUAUGCAAAAGAUACUUUAAAGUUAUAUUUGCAAUUGUAUCCCUGGUAUAGAAUGCCUCCGAGCGUCCAUAAGAUUUUGGUACAUGGUUCAAGAGCCAUACAGCUUGCUCAUUUUCCUAUCGGGAUUUUGUCCGAAGAAGCGCAAGAAGCACGAAACAAGGACUACAUAAGAUUUAGGCGACAAAACACUCGUAAAACCUCAAGAAUAGACACCAAUACUGAUAUCUUACAUAUGUUUUUAAUUUCCUCUGACCCUCUCAUUACUUCUAAAAGUACACAAAAUAUAAAGAAGAAAAAUAAUGCAUUAUGUUCUGAAGCAAUGAAUUUAUUGAGUGAUAUUAUAGAAACUCAUACUACUAGAGAUUUAGAAUUAGAUUCGAAUGAUAGUACUGAAGACUCGGAGUUUGAUUCAAGUGACUGUUCUAUAGACAUUGAUAGUGAUGAAAGUUGA